AUGGCCAACCUGACAGCAGUAACUGCCUUCCUCCUCCGGGGCUUCUCGGCUGUCCCUGAGUUACAGCUGCUCAGCACGGCCACCUUCCUCCUCAUUUACCUGGCCACUGUUCUGGGAAACAUCACCAUUGUGGCGGCCGUGACACACGAUGCCCGCCUGCACACGCCCAUGUACUUCUUCCUCAAACACCUUUCCUUGGUGGAUAUCUGCUCUGUGUCCACCACCUUGCCCCGGGCCCUGGUGGCCACCAUGCUGGGCUCCAGGGAGAUUUCCUUGUGUGCAUGUGCAUCCCAGCUCUUUGCCUUUGUCUGCCUUGGGUCCACGGAGUGUUUUCUCAUCACCUCCAUGGCUUUCGAUCGAUGUCUGGCCAUCUACAAGCCCCUAGUUUACACAGCAAUCAUGAGACCCCAGACCUGUAUCUCCCUGGUGGCAGUGGCCUGGGGCAGCGGGCUCCUUUUCUCUGCCUUCCACACAGCCAACACCUUCUCCCUGCCUUUUUGUGGCCCCAACGUGAUUGAGCACUUCUGCGACAUCCCCCCACUUAUGCGCCUGGCCUGUGCCAACGCGGAUGCCCACGAGGCGGCAGGGUCCACAGCCAGUGGCUGCAUCAUCAUGAGCUGCUUUGCCCUCACUGUUCUGUCCUAUGUCCGCAUUGUGGCCACCGUGUUUCAGAUCCAUUCCACGGCUGGCCGCUGGAAGGUCUUCUCCACAUGCUCUUCCCACCUGGCCACCGUUCUCCUGUUUUACGGCACCGGUAGCUCUGCCUACAUGCAGCCCGCCGCCAGCUACUCCCCAAUGCAAGGGCGUGUAGCUGCUGUCUUCUACUCUGUCCUCACACCCACCCUGAAUCCACUAAUCUACAGCCUGAGGAACAAGGACAUGAAGGGAGCCCUGAAGAAGCUUUAUCUUCAGGUACCCUUUUAG